UUGAAUCUUAUCUUAUGGUAGGCAAUAUGAGAAAUUUGAUAUUCCUGACAUCUCUUAGCGGUUUCGGAAGAACCAAAUUAGUGAAACAAAUGAUUUAUUUCCAAAUAAAAAACUUUGAAAAUUUUGUGAACCAAAUUUUCUUUACUAAAGUGUUUAUUCCCUUUUCUCUAAUUUUCUAAGCACCGAGUAUAGCGGUGGGAAGAGAGAGAAACAUAUUGGAUCCCACCCUAAUUUUCUCAUUUCGAGUACUUUAGUCCAAUUGAUUCAAAGUCAAAUAGGUGGACUCAGUAGCACGAUAUGGCCAACCAAAAUCUUUAAACUCAAGGAACUUUGUGUACUUUAUGAUAACUAGUUUUCACAUUGAAAUGCUGCCCUUUAAUCUCCAUAUACUCAUUCUCUCAAAGCUUCGCUCUUUAGCCUUUUUUCCUUCACAAAUCUUUGCUUUACAUGUUACGAUGAAGACAUACAAACCAAAUGGCCGACGUUUCAUCAUUUCCUCAUUUUUCUUUAUUAUAUUCCUUUGCGUUCUAGCUUCAAUCAAUGAAAUCCGAUUUGACAGCUUUUUGAUAUUAGGUAGUUGUGCUUUCUCUCAAACACCAACUAGAAAUUCUUCUUCUGCUACAAACUUUCUUAGUGUAAAUUCCUCUUCCUUGUCCACCAAUAACGAAAUCCGAAUUCUCAUAGGAAUUUUGACACUUCCCGAUCAGUACCAAAAGCGACACUUCCUGCGUCUAAUCUAUGGAACACAACCUCCAAUAAUGGGUGCAAAGGUUGACAUCAAGUUUGUGUUCUGCAAUCUAACAAAAGAAGAUCAAAAGGUAUUAGUAGCACUUGAAAUAAUGCGUUACGACGAUAUCAUCAUCCUAAACUGCCAAGAAAAUAUGAACAAAGGCAAGACGUAUACCUAUUUUUCCAGCUUGCCAGAGCUAUUUUCAGUCUCAGAUGACCAGCCAUAUUAUCCACCUUAUCAUUACGUGAUGAAAGCCGACGAUGACACAUAUAUAAGGCUUGAGAGUUUUGUAGAAUCCCUAAGGCCAUUGCCUAGGGAAGAUUUGUACUAUGGUUAUGUUAUUCCAUGUCCAAGCAUGGACCCUUUUGUUCAUUACAUGUCAGGAAUGGGUUAUUUAGUGAGUUGGGAUAUCGCAGAAUGGAUAAGAGAAUCUGAUAUUCCUAAAAGCCAUUUAGAAGGCCCAGAAGACAAGGUUUUUGGAGAGUGGCUCCGAGAUGGUCACCGGGCAAGACAUCGGUACAAUGCCAAAUGGUCUAUGUACAAUUUCCCCGAGCCGCCGACGAGAUGCACGCACGAGCUGUGGCCGGACACGAUUGCAGUUCAUAUGCUCAAGAAUCAAGAAAAGUGGAUUCAGACGCUCAACUAUUUCAAUGUCACUAGGGAUCUUAAACCAUCUAAGUUGUAUCAUAUAUGAUAUACCUUAGGCAAACACGUAUUUUCCUCUGUUUUAGUUCUCUAGUUAACGUGACAAUUUUUUUGAGAUGAUUCAAAGAGAAACAAGUUGCAGAAAUUCAUUACACAAUCUAGCAUUUAAAUUUUUAACGGGUUUCAUAAUAUCUUAAUAACCUAAUUAUAUCUAUUUUCAAACAAAAAUCAAUAUGUUUACCCUUAUAAUUGGAUAACAAUUAAACUUAUAAUGA